AUGCGCAUUUCGGUCGCAGCCGCAUCGCAGCCGCAGGGUGCCACCGCGGGAAGCGUGGGCAGCAGCAGCGCGGCAAGGGCCGCGGUGCCAGGGGCCUCGCGCUCGCCGUCGCCCGACUCUCCGCCCGCCAAGCGGGCCGCCUCCGCUGACUCGUCCGGCUAUGAAACCGAUACGCCGGACGAGGUGCAGCAGGAGGCGGUCCGCAGGGUAUGCGGCGCGCUCGGCAUGAGGGAGCAGUUCGAGGCGGCGAUGGCGGCGGGCGAGCUGCUCGAGAUGCUCGAGAGCUUGCCGCGAGGGGCGGUCGAGGCCUCUGUCCGACAGAUGCGGGGUUACAACCGCACGGGCGA